UCUAGAGAGAGAAAUAGAGAGCGUUACAUAAUUUACUUUCUUUUCAAUUUUAAUUAUUUUCUACUAAACACACAAACAGAGAUGGACGGCGGAGCUCCGGCGGCCGCGGACACAGUCAUGUCGGAAGCAGAGCCUUCUCACAACCACCAGCCGCAAGCUCCGGUGGAUCAUAUACCGGCGAUGUUCAGCCACGGCGGCCGAUUCAUCCAAUACAAUAUAUUCGGAAACAUCUUCGAGGUCACCGCCAAAUACAAACCCCCAAUCAUGCCCAUCGGAAAAGGGGCAUACGGCAUCGUUUGCUCUGCUUUGAAUGCGGAGACGAAUGAGCAUGUGGCGUUGAAGAAGAUAGCGAAUGCUUUCGACAAUAAAAUCGACGCCAAGAGGACUUUGCGUGAGAUCAAGCUUCUUCGGCACAUGGAUCAUGAAAAUGUGGUUGCUAUCCGAGAUAUAAUUCCACCGCCUCAACGAGAGGCUUUUAAUGAUGUUUAUAUUGCAUAUGAACUUAUGGACACUGAUCUCCACCAAAUCAUCCGUUCUAAUCAAGGUUUGUCGGAGGAACAUUGCCAGUAUUUCUUGUAUCAGAUUCUCCGAGGAUUGAAGUACAUACAUUCAGCAAAUGUUCUCCAUAGGGAUUUAAAGCCUAGCAAUCUUCUUCUUAAUGCAAAUUGUGACCUGAAAAUUUGUGAUUUUGGAUUGGCGCGCGUCACAUCCGAAAGUGACUUCAUGACGGAGUAUGUGGUUACAAGGUGGUAUCGGGCACCAGAGCUGUUGUUAAAUUCAUCAGACUACACUACAGCAAUUGAUGUAUGGUCUGUUGGGUGCAUUUUCAUGGAAUUGAUGGAUCGAAAACCAUUGUUUCCGGGCAGAGAUCACGUACACCAGUUACGUCUUUUGAUGGAGCUGAUUGGCACUCCAUCUGAAGCUGAGUUAGGAUUGCUGAAUGAAAAUGCAAAAAGAUACAUUAGGCAGCUCCCCCCUUAUAACCGGCAAUCAUUUACCGAGAAGUUUCAUCAUGUGAACCCUCUUGCCAUUGAUCUCGUCGAGAAGAUGCUAACUUUUGAUCCUAGACAAAGGAUUACAGUUGAAGGUGCGUUGGCGCAUCCGUACCUCAACUCGCUCCAUGACAUAAGUGACGAGCCUGUUUGUGAGACGCCCUUCAACUUCGACUUCGAACAACAUGCAUUGACAGAGGAGCAGAUGAAGGAGCUCAUCUACAGGGAGGCUCUUGCUUACAAUCCCGAAUAUCAACAGCCCUUGUGAAAAAAAUAAAUUGUAUUGUUUGUGCAAUUGUUGAGUAGUGUGGUGGUGCUAUGUGAUAUUGGACCAGUUUCUUGUAUAUAAUGGUCCAUUUAAAACCAAGUUUUGCAAAAUUCUUGAAUUAGAUGUGGAUAUUUAUGUAGAACGUGUUGUUAAGAUGCGACCGGCAAUUGGGUGUGUGUGUGGCCGGUGAUGGUAGUGGUGGCGGUGGUGCUAUGGCCGACGAUCAGAAUGACAUGAUUUAGUGGUUUCCUUGUAUUUUCUUCGAUCCGGACAUUUUCUGGCUAUUUGGAUCUUCGGAUUUGUUUUGUUUUGUUUCGUUUUGUUUUGUAUUAUUUUUUAUAUGAUCUGUGGGUUAUUGCAUAUAAAGGAAUUGACUGUUAGUA